UUGUCAAUUCAGGAUGACCCUCCGCCUCGUAAGGAGUCACGAGAAGAAGCGACUCAGACCCCGUAUUGCUGCCUGCCUCGAAUCGGUGAAUGUGAUCCAACGUUCCAAGCCUUUUAUGUUUCAACCACACACACCGCUAAGGGUGAAGAAUUAACGGCAGAUCCUCUUGAAUUUCGGAGAGAAGCUACGGGAGUCGACAUUGCGUUGCGUUCGACAUCCAAGGAUAUAGUGCGUAACGAUGAGACACAAAAACCAACUGUUCAUGUGCAUCCAUUCACUCCUGAUCCACCGUCACAAGAGCCUAUCUUGAGAACGAUAGCAGAACGUCUUCAAAGCCUUUGUGACAAUCACUUGAUUGUCGAGAGCACAUCACAGCGCCUUCGUCGAUCGUUCCAUGCUCCUGACGAGACGACGCGGUUUCGCCACUCGUGCAUUGACGUAGACAAGUCGCCUCGAUUUCUACGCAAGUUCAGCGAGUCCAAUGCUUCACCUCUAUCCAUCCGACGUGCGGUAGAGAAUCGAACACUCCGAGACGAUAUGUACUCACAACCUUCCAAGCGCCAGGAGAUGCACUCAAGAUCCAAUACAAAUACGAACAGACAGACUGAUCCGCAAAUCAUUACGGAGCGUUUCUCGUCAUACUGCAUUGAGCCUCGUAUUGAUGAGCAGUUUAAGAAUGACUCACCAGCCAAGCGGAUGGACUUAACAAGGUCAUUGUCUCAACGUGGUGAUAAAAGUGCUGUGCAAAGAGAUGUUCAAAGAGCGGCAUCGGUGAAAAGUGGACGCCGUGGUGAGCCAUGUGUCGGAAUGGAUUCGUUGGAGAUCAACUGGAGUGUGCGACAACUGAAAACGCUCUUUCAGGAUGCAAAAGCACCGUCUAUAAAUACGGACUAUACGAUUAGUUAA